AUGGGACAACUGUGGGUAAGUGGCCCCAGGCCCUGGAGAGGAGCCACUGCAGCACCUGCGGCCUUCCCUGGAGGGGACCCGCCUUUCCCCAUGGCUGGGUCACAGCUUCCCACCCACCACAGGAAGCCUCAGCUCCUUGCCAGCAACCAGGUGCUGGCACGGACAGACGCACACCCCAUGGGCUUCCCUGGCCUGCUAGGGACCUGCGGACUCCGAGCUCCACAAUAUAUCAAGAGCCCCAUGACUUAUUCCUACGGCAACGUGGCUUAUGACUAUGGCAUGACACGUGUUGUGGGUGGCACAGGUGCUGCAGAAGCAGCCUGGCCCUGGAUGGUCAGCAUCCAGCACCCCUGGGUACCAGGCCUGGGACAUAUGUGUGGAGGAUCCCUCGUCAGUACAGAGUGGGUCCUCACAGCAGCCCACUGCUUCGAUGAUAUCAGAAACAUCAGCAUGGUCUACGUGGUGAUUGGAGCCACCCAUUUCACUCAGCCGGGCCCUGGGGCUGCAGUGCGCAAUGUCAAGCAGGUGCUGAUACACGAGUACUACAAUCCUGCUGACAUGAGCUACGAUAUUGCCCUGAUGCAAUUGGACCAUCAUGUCCAAUGCAGCUCCUACAUCCAGCUGGCCUGUGUGGCUGACCCCACCCUAAGAGUCUCAGAGCUGCAAAACUGCUGGAUUGCUGGCUGGGGUGCCACUACUGCAAGAACUCAACAAUCAAGUGAUCACCUGCAGGAGGCCAAGGUCCAGCUCAUCGAUGAUCUGAUGUCACACCCUUCUCCUGCUACCUGCAGGGGUCCAGUGUCACUCCCUGGCAAUCAGCCAGGCUGA